ACUGCCUGUGUGCACACAGUCGGCGGCCGCGCGCAGCACUCUGGGCCUGUAUGGCGGCUCUGGCGGCUGGAAAGGGGGCUUUCCGGGAGGAGGAGGGCACCGGUGGGGACGCAGCGGCUCCGCAGCCCCAUGCCCCGACGAGUGCGCCCGGGGCUCGUCUCUCAAGGCUGCCUCUGGCGCGAGUGAAGGCCUUGGUGAAGGCGGACCCCGACGUGACGCUUGCAGGACAGGAAGCCAUCUUCAUUCUGGCACGAGCCGCGGUGCGGCAGAGGCACAAGGGGGUGGCGGGGGAACUGUUUGUGGAAACCAUUGCAAAAGAUGCCUACUGUUGUGCUCAACAGGGGAAGAGGAAAACCCUUCAGAGGAGAGAUUUGGAUAAUGCAAUAGAAGCUGUGGAUGAAUUUGCUUUCCUGGAAGAUUAUCCUGGAUUAUCUGGCCAGCCCCAAAGUAAUCACAUGGACUCUUAAAAGCAGAGCUUUCUCCUGGCUGAGGGUAGAAGUUAUAGAGAUGUGGCAGAAGAGGACAUCAGAAAGAUUCAAAGCAUGAAAAGGACAUGAUCUAUUGUUGCUGGCUUUGAAGAUGGAGAGGGUCAUGAGCCAAGGAAUGUGGCAGCCUUUAGAAGAUGAGAACAACUGCUGGCUGACAGCCAGCAAGGAAAUGACCUCAGUCCCACAACUGCAUUGAACUGAAUUCUGCUGGUAACUUGCCUGGUCUUGGAAAUGGGUUGUCCCUUAGAGCCUCCAGAAAAAGCCCAGGCCAGCUGACACCUUCACUUUGGCCUGGUGAGACCCUGAGCAGAUAAUAUGGUCACACUGUGCCAGACUUCUAAGCUGCAGAACUGUAAGAUAAUAAAU